CCAAUAUUAGGCAUGAGGCAUCUAACUCUUCCAGAAACUGAAGCUUGUCAGAGAAUGGAAAACAGAAUCUGUGAUUUGCCUGACGAUUUGCUCGUGCGGAUUUUGCUCUUUGUCCCGACGACAAAAGAAGCAGUCGCCACGGCAGUUUUGUCUAAACGAUGGCGUCAUGUCUGGACGAUGUUGCAUGAACUCGUCUUCAAAGACGAAGGCAGCGAGAGCGUUGGGUCUUUCAUUGAGAAGUCAUUGCAACUCCAUAAGGCACCGAAACUGUUGAGGUUGAUUGUAGAACUCGGUCCACGUUCUCAUGUUGAUGUAGAUGUCAUGAAGUUGAUCGAGAACGCAGUUAAUCGCGGUGUGGAAUUAUUAGACUUCAUGCUCCUCUGGAACGCAGAUCCCACAAGAUUUCCGAAGAGCCUUUACACAUGCGACACGCUGGUUUUUUUAACUCUAUCCAACAAGAUUCUAGUGGAUGUUUCUUCCCCGGUUCGUCUACCAUCUCUCCUUUAUCUGAGACUCUUCUACGUGGUGUAUAAAGACGAAGACUCUCUUGUUAGACUUUUAUCAAGUUCCCCUGCUCUCGAGAAUCUGGCGGUGGAAAGACACAAGGAUGACAACUUGACAAACUUUACCAUCAAAGUGUCUUCCUUAAAAACAUUAUAUUAUACUUGGGCGGAUGAGGAUGAGGAUGAGGAUGAGGAUGAGGAACAAGAACAGGAAGAGGAUGAUGAUGAUCUCAUUGGGUCUUUGGUAAUCGAUUCCCCUGCAUUAACAAAGUUGGACUUAAUGGACGUUUGGGAAGACUGCUUGAUAGAGAAUAUGGCUUGCCUUAAUGAUGCAUCCAUUCACUCUGUUCAUAAUCCCGAUGAUAAGUUUCUGAGAUCUCUUUCUUGUUACAUUUAUUUGACCCAAUCAAUGGUUGCAUGCUGUAACGAUAUUAAGUUCUCUCGGCUCAUAGAGCUUUACUUUUGGCCAGAUACUUCAGUAGAUUGGUUAGAACCACUUAUGUUUUUACUUCAAAAUUCUCCUAAUCUGAAAACUCUUGUGAUCAACACGGUAAGUACUUUUCUCCCUCUCCCACCAUCCUGGAACCAACCAAAUUCAGUUCCCGGAUGCUUGUCGUCUCAUUUAGAGAUCUUUGGGUGGAGAUACUAUGACGGAAGAGAAGAUGAGAAACAACUGCUGACAUACAUUUUGACGAACUCAAAGUGUUUAAAGACAGUGGAGAUCUCCUUAAUGGAAGACCCCAAUCUUGAAGAGAGACAAAAGGAGGUAGAAUCUAUGCCUAGGAUUUCAACCUCAUGUCGGCUUCUAUUCCCCACUGAAAUGGAAUGUAGGUCUAACGAAACAGUUACGUCUUUAUAA